AGCGGAAGAACAUCAACUAAAGUAAACAAAACGCCAGGAGGGUGUAUAAAACUGAUGGCAAGUAAAACUGAUGGCAAAGGAAACAAAAGGAAAACGAAGCCAAGGACCAAGGACCGCACUUAGGAGCCUCCAAGACCUCGAGGUACAAAUCAGACAGAACAAUACGGCUCCAUCUGUUAUUGAUAUUUAAUCAACCGGAUGUUUUCAGUUCUUCUUAUUCUAUCCUUGUUGCUGCAACUAGGACACUCUUUGAUCAAUGGUUCAUCUAAGCACAGUGAUGGGAUUCGAAACAUCCGGAUGAUGGUGCAGCUAUUGCCAUCCCAAUAUCUAAUAUUUUUGGAAAACUCUCUCCCUACCUUAGCACUCUCAAAGCCCCAUCUUUUUUUCUCUCGACGCUGCCCCACGACGGCAUCACCUCAUCAUGACACAUGACAUGCCCUAUCACCGUUCUCCACCUCUUAUGCCUAUAUCGUUGACCCCCAUCAUUCGCCGAAAAUCACUACUCAAAUUUCCUCCAAUGGAAGUAACCUGGGACGAGCGCCCUAUACAAUCUUCUUCCCCGCACUCUCGCCAUAUACCAAUGAUGAUCACGGGCAGACCUCACAAGCUACACAAAGAGCCGCCCAAAAAGAUUCUGCUAUCCGAAGAGCUGCACAUAUUACCUCCUGCCAAGCUAGCAACAUACUCUGUCGGAGGAGGAGAGGUGUUAGCGAGGUCAGUGAAGAAGAAGAAGUCUUUGGGUCAUUGCUGCCCGUUGAGAGUGGCAACCCCCAAACACGCAAAUGACAUUAUGCCUGCCCAAACAACGUCAGUUGAUCGACUUGAAGUCCUUUCUAAUGGCAGCCUGCCUGAUGAUAGUGAAAUAUUGCCACUCUCGACGACCGACCACGCUGCUCCGUCGCCAGUGGAGAGCGACGAGUCAUGGCAACAUCAUGAAUCUUAUUAUCCUGAGUAUACACCUAUAAUACGCAAAUGUAGUCCGUCGCAAACAAUUGCCGGUACAUCAUCUUUAGCCGAGCUCCACGUUGAAAGACAUGCGCAUUUGAUACGGCAUUCCGUAGCUGUGCAUUAUCCCAAACUGCCGACGUGGGAAGAGUAUAAUCCUGGAGCGAAGGGCGACAAAGCAGAAAGCGGUUGGAAGACCGGCAUAUACGGAGUGGGGGGCUGGAGCGAAUAUGAAUAGGAAGGAAAUGAACUCAGUCAGAAGUUAUCAAUAGAAGUUAUGAGUAGGCGACACGUUAUCUACGGAUCGGAGGGAAUAAUAGGUGACACGUUUUGGAUUGAGUACAUAUCAAACGAACAUCACUCAUCUUGCACAGAAAUUCAUCAAAAAAGGAAUACUAUCACAAUUUUCCAUUUGUAUA